UUCGUCAGACCAGAGGAGUCAGUCACACAGUACACAUCCACCAGAGACACUUCACCACACCGUGGACCCACUGCGCGCCGUGCAGAUGACGAUCAGGGAGAGCUACGAUGACGGAUAGACCCUCAUCCACUCCUGAAGGAAGACUUUAUCAUGAUUCUGGGAUGGGUCGAGACAGUGGCAUCUCCUCUGGUUAUGUAAGACAAAGACUAGAAGACAUUUAUUGAUAACUGACAGACAAAAUGUCCCAGACAUGGUUCAUCUUCUCUGUCCUCACUGUGAUGGCUUUGCAGCUUUGCAAAGGUGAGAAACCAUGCAUCAUCAAGUCCAGUGCUGGUACUGUGGUGCAGCACAACUCCAGUUUUCAGGUCUUCUGCAUCUUCACCCUCACAUGCAAACAAUCAGCGUUGUGUGACCACCCACCCCAACGACACACACACAAAACCUUCAAUUCCACAACCAUAUAUUUUGAUGUGGUGAACAUUCAAAAGAACCGGACAUUUAGUUGUGUGUGUGACGACUCUACACGUGAUCCCUGUGGAAUAGACAUCUCAGCUGGAUACCCACCUGAUCGUCCCAACAACAUUUCUUGUGUUCACAAAGUCACACAUCCUCAAAGUGGAGUUGUGAUCUGCUCUUGGAACAGAGGAUGGGAUACUUACCUUUGGAAUACUGCAAACCUAUGGGUGAGAACUGUGUCUGGAAACCACACCGAGCCACCAAAGUCCUACAGAGUCUCCAGUAAAGGAACUGACUCCCAAUCAGCUACUUUCAAUGUGUCCACAUCUGUCCAGUCCAUCUCUGUGUGGGUCUGCACUGAAAAUAAGCUCGGCUCUGCAGUGUCAGACACCAUUAACUACACCCUCAGUGAUAUUGCGAUGCCCUCAGCUCCUGUUCUCAGCCAAGCCCACUGCUCCUCACGACAUUGUGACAUCACAGUGACUCAGCCAGUGAGGACUCAGCAUCUGGAGAUCCAGUACAGGACCGGACAAGAGGGCUGGACAACUUUUCCAGACACAAGUGGGCAGCAGGUCCGGCCCAUCACCUUUCUGGAGCCCUACAGGUUGUACCAGUUCCAGGCCAGAUCCAGGUUCAGCAAUGGACACUGGAGCGAGUGGAGCACUCAAAUAUCAAACUGGACUCAAGAAGAAGCUCCUGCUAAAAAGUUGGAUGUGUGGUUCACUGAACCCAACACUGAAUUAAACUCUGUGAGAGUUUACUGGAAGGAGGCAAACAUCUCCAUUGCCAGAGGAAGGAUUGUGCGGUACAUAAUCAGAGUUUCCAGGCAGAGCUCAGUGUUGGCCUCCAUCAACAUCAGCGCAGAUGUCAGAAAUUAUUCAGUCCCAUUCUGUGCUGACUGUGAAGUUACUGUGUACUCGUCCAACUCCAAAGGACUGUCUCCUCCUGCCAAAAUCACAACUCACCACACAGAGGCUGAGCUCUCUGGUGAUGUGCAAGUCAAAGCAGACAACCACGAUGUCACCAUCUCCUGGAGGAAGCCCAGAACUGCACCGCUGCCUGUUGCAUAUGUGGUGGAGUGGUACCCAGAGGGCCGCAAGCUGGAGGAGCUACAAUGGCUCCGACUGGGCGGUAAUGAAGACCACGCUGUGAUCACAGAUAUUAAGCCAUUCCUGUGCUAUAAAGGGGCAGUCUAUGUUUUCUACAAUGAGUCCUCAGUGAAUAGGAGAGAGUUUAAUGGGGUCAGCUCCAUGGAGUCCACACCAACAGCUGGUCCAUUCGUCAAAGAAAAAGUUGAGGGAAAUUUGGUGAAAGUGACGUGGGUAGAUCUUCCCCAGGACCAGUGCAUGGGCUGCAUCACCCACUACACCAUCUAUUUGGAAAACAGUGAUGGAUACCAGAGGUCUUACAACACAUCAGACAGGAUGUUCAUUAUUGCAGACCUGUCUCCAGCUGUCUACACCAUAUGGAUGACCGCCUCCACUGAUAAAGGAGAAGGCCUUAAAGGUCAAAAGGUCAAAUUCUUCAUCCAGCAGGAAACCCAGCGAUCCGUCCUACUGGUGUGUGGCAUCAUCGUCCUGGUCCUGAUGGUUUUUCUGUGGCUGUGCCAGUGUUCAGCAGUAAAGCAAAGGUUCUGGGUGUUUUUUCAGUGCCUUAUGCUUGAGGUUGUGCCAGAUCCUGCAAACAGCAAAUGGGCAAAAGAAUGUACUAAAGAGAAGGGCAUGAUGGAUCUGCAGCUCCCACUGAGUAACUCCAGCAUGACGGAGGAGGAGGACGAACCCACUCUCUCUCUUCUGGAUGUUCAGGAGUUGCCCAAGAUAACCGCUGACACCUUUACACCAACAGUUGUCUCGCCGCUGCUCUGUCCUCAGACCAGCCUGAGCCCCGACACAGAGCCCACCAUAGCACUCUACCCUCGGACCGCGUACAUUAAGAGCUUCUCCCAGGACUCGGGCAGCUCCAACCACACGUUGACCUCUGCCGACACCAACAUGACCAUCGACUACAUCGCAGCACAUGGGCCUGGAAUUAUGGAUGAGGAGGAAGAGGAAGAGGAGGAGGAGUUUAUAGAAAUGCCUGGUUUCUUUUCCAGUCACAUUUUUAAAGACCCACUGGUUUUUGGAGGAAAGUUAACUCUUGAUGCGGUCAAAAUCGACUGCAGUGAAUUCUUUCCAAACAGUUAAUGAUGGCCGUUCUCAGCUUCCGUAGUUUUAAGAGAAUAGACUUCAAGUCAAGGGCACAAGAUGAUGAUGAUGACUGGAUGCUGCACUUGAAACGAGGAAAACCAGAGCUCUGGAUAAACGUUUUGACUGUUACCGAAAAUCUCUAGUCCAGAUACUCGUCAGUUACCAUAUUAUCGCAUUGUAAGCAAUUUUUUUUUUUUCCAAUUUCAGUGUAAUUUUUUUUUAGUUGAGAUGUACACUCACUACCUCCUUGCACUCCAGACUGCAAUAACAUCUCUUUAAAGUAUCCAGUAAUGCACUUUUUAUACCAUGCAUUACCAUUUUGGUCUAUAAAACAUAAAAACACUGGACACUAAUACAGCGUUUCUACAAAGUAAAUUUAAGACUAAGACUACUUACAACAGAAUUUAAUGUCCAUCUCACGGCCAUACUGGCAAAGAUUUGUGAAUCCUAGAAUUUAGAAAAGUGUACACUGUAAAAAAUCUAAAUCUUACCAAGUAUAUGUUUCUCAUUUCUAGUCCAAAUAUCUCAUCACACUUAAAAUAAGACAUAAUCACCUAAAGUGUAACUUUUCAGUGAG